CUCCCUGUCCAGAAAACAAUUCUGCUUCAUGGAGAAAGGAACGACAUGGGCAAUCUCUGCAGCUGCGGGCGACCGUGGAAUUGCCCUUCGCCUUUUAAAAGAAAGAAAGAAAAGCCAGGAACUAAUGUGAGACAUGAGAGCCAACAGCAUCAGCCUGGCAGGAAGGCUCCAACAUACGAAGAUGUCCCGGAGUUUCCUGUCUAUGCCACCGUGAGUAAACCCAAGAGUGUGAAGCAGGAUGACAACAUUCAUUACGCAGACAUCCAAGUGUUCACCAAGGUCCGGGAGCGCUCUGCAGCAGAGGUGAAGAACUUACAAAUGCAGAAUGCCACAGAGUAUGCCACCCUCAACUUCCCCCGGCCCAGGCUGAAAUAUGACAGUAAGAAUGGGACCCUGGUGUAAAAGGCUUCAUGGCCCCCUCCUGCUUCAGCAGCAAAAGGAUUUCACAGACUUAGAGAUGCUGUAGAUGCAAGUUAACCUCAUGGACACAUCGAGUCUCCCUGAGAAGGUACAGAGAGGCUGUGUCUUCCACCUGCAUUUCUCUUCGGAGGACACAGACAUAUUUAUUCUCACGUGAUGAGUAGUUUCCUAUCUGAUUCUGCUGACAAAAAACACCUCUUCCCCUUGGAAGAGUUGUCUCUGAAGCUGGCAACCCAUCUCCUCUCAGCACUGUGAGAAGACAGAGCUGCUCUUUGGCUGAUGAAAGCUAAAACCACAGCUCAGAGCUGCAGUGAGAAAGUUCCUGCUGUGGCACAGGACCAGCUGAGUGCUGCUCUGCAGAUGAAUUUGAGAACAUGGCAUACAGGAUUCAAUACUGGGACAAGGGAGAUGUUGCCACAGGAUUUUAUGUCAAUGUUAAGAAAAUUCUGCAGUGUGCAGAAUGACAUGUGGAUGAUACUGUGAAGAAAUGGCAUGAAACUUUUAACAGUAUCUACUGCAAUGUCUUCCUCCAACACCUGCCACUGUAACUGCAGUCAUGCACUGUGUGCAUCCCCUUUUCUCAAAAAGCUUCUAUAACCAUGCACAGCACACUAAAACCAAGGCCAGAAACGCAGAAUUAACUGAGGGGUACAGAACAAUUUCUUUCACUACAGGGCUGUACGGAUAUGCAUCCUUACCCCAACGUGCACAGAAGUGAGUAGUGAGCUCUUGGCUCUGACUGGAAAUGAAACAAGGAAAAUUCGCAGUUUAACUGCGAGGCAGCCAUUUAAAAGCCACUGCCUAUAUUUAGGGCAGUUAUCCAGUCCUUAGAGUACAGCAGCUGUUCUGCAUGCCUGAGAUACUGAGAAUGAAUCCUGGUCAACUUUAGAAAGGGCUUUGGACUUUUCCUCCAUUUUUUCUUAUUUCGUACUGUCAGCCUUAGUUAUAAAACCCAGUAACAUAGAGCACACACCAUGUGGUGUUUUCUGCUAACCCUCCCAGAUACACCUUUGGGAAUUUGUUUAUGGAUUUAAAAUAGUGUUAGUAAUGUAGUAUAGCAAUCAUCCAAAAGGCUUCUGCCACUGGAUUGAAUUUGGCAGUUGCAGCAUUGGCAGUUGAGCAGGGCUCCCAAGCAGUAUCUUCAGGCUUGGCACAUUCUGUUCCUAAACAAUGGUCUGCAUAUCUAAAUGCAGAUCGUGGGACAACCUGUUUAUUGCCAGUGUUUAAAAAUGGACAUCCUGGUACAUUUUAUAAACAUACAUAACUUUGCAUAUUAUGGCUCAGCUAAAUGUAAAAAGCAUGAAGGAGUUCCUGCUCAUUACAAAAAAUAAAGCUGGUAUGAGAAGUAUUUGCUAGGAUGGAAGUGUUUUGAGGACCAAUCCUACAAUUUUUCUACCUUUUUGCCCAUGCUAUCCAGUAGACCUCAGCAGGACCAGAGUAAUGUUUGCAGGAGAAGGCCCCUUUUUUUAUAAUGGAUACAGUAUAUUUUUCUACCUGAAAAGGGAUUUUUUGCCCAUGCUAUCCAGCUGACCUCAGUGGGGCUAUUGUAAGUCCGCAGUAGAAGGCCCUUCAUUUAUAAUGGGUACAGGAUUACGUUAUUGGAAGGGCUGGUUCUUUUGAGUGCCAAGGAUUCCUCUUUCUGCUCCUCCAAGUUCCUUUCUGUACUCCAUGCCCAGCAUGAAAACCUGUCCUUUGGACUGAGGAGGAUUGAAUGGGCACAGAAUUUACUUACAAGAGCAUGUCAGGGAGGCAUGGGACACGCUAGCACUCAGUCCUGCUAGCCCAGCUGUCAGAAGGGCAGCCAGGGACACAGGUCCAGAUCUAGGUCAUGCUGGGCAGUUAUGUAGCUCCUUGCACUGAAUCGCUGGUACAAGAACUAGAAAGGGACGCUGGCUUCAGUUCUAGUCAAGCCCUCCGCAUCAUAGGAAGAAACUGGAUUUUUUAGAAACAUUAUUAAAUAUAGACUGUAGUUCAGGAGAUGGGAGGUUUUCUAGAAGGUGCAAACUCCAACAGGUCAUUUUUAAGUGAAACAGCCUGUUACUGCAGUGGCAUGCACAGCGUGUGGUACUGAAGUUUUUCCUCACCCAGCAGGAGAGCUGGGGCCAGGGACAGCAAGCUGCACAGACACUGCACAAGCUCUUGGGCCCAGAGUGGUGUAAAUUUGCACAUCCAUCGAGUUAAACCAGUUUUGCUGUGAACAUAAGUAGGACUGAGUUUGGCUCAGAGGAACUUGCUUUCACUUAGUCACACCACUUAGUUCUGUCGAUCUGUGGAUCAGCCCUUUUGUGUUCUGAAUGAAUGGGAGCUACAGCCGAAACUAUCUUUCAGUGAGUGCCUCAAAGCCUGGAAGGGUAGUUUAUCUCCUAUUCCCUAAGGAGCUCUAGCUUCCAUAAGUACUUCCAAAGUAGCUAGUACUUGGUGGUGUUUCUGCAAGUACAGCCUAUCUUAGAGAUAAUCAAAUGCUCUGCAUAGGAACAGUAGUAGUACAGUAAUUUUUCCUGUUUACCAGGCCUUGAAUAGAUAAAAUGUGAAAGCCACGUGUUCUGCAAUAAGGAUUUUUCUAAAGGACUUGGUUUUGCACCGAGUAUUAAAAGCUUCCAAGAGCGUAUCUCCCAUUUCCAGAGGUUGUUAUGCUUAGGUGUUAAAUGAGUGUUAAUGUAUCAAAUGUUCCUAGAACAUUAAAGAUGUAAUUUUUAG